GCUAUCAGAUCAACCUACAGGUUACAGCAUUGCCAUGGACUCCAGUAACGCCACGUUGACGGCAGCUAAGGCGGCGCCAACGCCCCAGCUCGUAGCGGCGUCAAAGCCGGUACCUGCGAAGGUGGAGCAGCUGCCAGCGGCUGCGGCCGAUCCGGCGUCGGCGUCAGCAACGACGAGCACCGAUAUUGUAGAGACCGGCGGCGAGGAGGAGGAGCAGGUGGAGAAGUUCUACGCUCUGCUGGCCAACAUCCGAGCCAUGAGAGCCAUGUACGCAAGAGGAAGCGGAGACGCCGGCGCGUGCACGGACGACACUGCCAGCGCCAGCGAGGUCUGUGGCGGGGUGAGGAAGCGGGCGCGGUGGGCGGAGCAGCCGUGGUGGCCGUCGUUCAGGAUGGAAGACUUCGAGGAGGCACCAGACGGCAGCGUGUCCAAGAAGGGCAGAAGGGACGACGUGGGCGCCGCUAGUAGCCGGUGGCCAGGGAAGGAGACGACGUAGGAAGCGGUGGAGGACGAGAGUGACGAAGCUGGAAGGAGAGGACGUCCGGUCGUCACGCCGUCGUCGUCACGGAGGAAAGUUUGACCUUGUUGUUCGUGAUGCUAGGUGCAGCAUGCGCAUGCAUGAAGCACGUGCGCAGUCUGUGGUUUCCGAGGGAUUUCCUUACAUUUCGGUGGAAUAUGCGUUUGUGUGGUUCAUGAAUUUCUCAUGGAGAAUAAUUUUUCCAUGGUGGAUGGAAGACGACAGAUCAAAAUGAUCGUUGGAGCUGCAUACCUCCUGCGUUGAAGGACACAUUGUGAAGAUGUUCUACAUAUGUUUUGUAUACCUUGGUUACAAAUGUAUAAUCUACAAGGCUAAGCAAAGAAUAAAG